AUGGCUCUGAGUGUAUCACAGGUUGCAGGUGUUGAAGAUCCAGGCCUCGAUUCAGAGGCUGAGGCAGAUGUAUCAAUCUAUGCAAGUGUAUGUCGGUGUUCUGAAUCAUCCAUAAGUAACGAUAACUUGUUGUACGCGCUACAGAACAACCAUGGCUUAAGCGCACCACUGAAAAAUGCUCUUGACUGGGGAUCUAGACCCCCCAAUGUGUGGGCUGAUAAAGCUGCUGCGAUUGUAAGUGCUUCAGGAGGUAGUGGUGGUUCAAGAUCUCAAUACCAUCUUCGCCAAAUCGGAGUUUUUCUCGAUCUUCAUUUCAUCAACAAGCCUGAGCUUCUCCUUGAUGCAUUCCAUAAUCCGGGAAAAUUUGACAAAAAUGGCGACUUGAUUGAUGCAGAGACCAAGGAGAGACUAAAACAAGUUCUACUAUCAUUGCAGACUUUUACUUUGAGACUCCAAGGAAGGUCAAAGUUAAAGAAUUAAUGCAUGUGUGAUUCUCAUGCAAAAGAUAAAGAAAUACUUGCUAGGGGGAAUGUUGGUUAUAAUACCGAGUUAUCAACACUUCCACUUCGUCUACAUAUUCUGUCCACCAAACACAACAUUGUUUUUUA